UAAUCAACAAACUCCGAUUGUUCAAAAAAAAAAAAAAAAAGCGGGUGAUUAGUAACCAGAAGAUAAACUAAUCAACAAAUCCGAUUUUUCUGCCUAGUCACAAUUUCUCAUUCCUUCCUCUAUAAAAGGGGUUAUGAGUUCUAAAGAUACUCACUCGAGAAGCAAAACAUCCGUCUGAAAAAAUGGCAGAGGCUACGAUGCAGUCUUCUAUGGUAGGGGAGCUUGAGGUAGAUGUUGAGAUCAAAGCUCCAGCCCAGAAGUACUACCACAUGCUCACCGGAAGACCACAAGAUCUUUCGAAAGCCACUCCUGACAACGUCAAGAGCUGUGAUCUGCUCGAGGGAGAGUUUGGAAAAGUUGGCAGUAUCCUCUUCUGGAACUAUGUCAUUGAUGGACAGCUAAAGGUGGUGAAGGAGAGGAUCGAGGCACUGGAGCCGGAGAAGAAUCUGAUGGUGGUUAAGAUACUUGAGGGAGAUCUCAUGAAAGAGUUCAAGAGCUUCUUGAUGACUAUCCAAGCGACCCCAAAGCAAAGAGGACCUGGAAGUGUGGUUAAGUGUCACACGAAGUAUGAGAAGAUUGACGAGAAGGUACCUGACCCAGAGAGUCUACUCGCAGCUUUUGUCAAAGCAUCCAAAGACAUGGAUGAAAUGCUUUCUUCGCAAGUCUAGAUGAUUCUUGGGAUAUCUAUUUAUCCAUCUAUCUAUUAUCUAUCUUGCAAUCUCUCUAUUUAUGCAGUGUGUUUGAGUGUUAAUAAUGUGCUCUCUCUCAAACUGAAGAGGCUAAAUAUGCAAGUAUGUCAUAUUCAUACGUACACGACGUCCAGUGUGUUACGUACGUUUGAAGUUGUAAGUUGUAAAUUGUUACUUGUGUGAUGCAAUGCUUUCUUCGCAAAUCUUAAAUUUAGUCCAAACUAUUCCUCU